AUGAGUGCCAAUGCGCAGCAGCAGCGACCACUUUGUCGCUAUUUUGCCAGCAAUAUUUGCUUCAAGGGGGACAACUGCGAAUUUUCUCAUGAUCGUAAUGCAAAGCCGGAUUUGGUUUGUCGUUAUUAUCUGCAGGGUGCUUGUGCAUAUGGGAGUAGAUGCAGGUUUGAUCAUGUUCGAGCAGCACAGAAAGCAGCAGUUCCCAACGUUCAAACUUGUUCACUUGAAAAGAUUUCUCCCGCUUCUAAAACGCCUCCAAAGCCUUCGGCCAAAUUGUCAAUCAAUAGCAAGCCUUUUGUGCCGGCUCCAAUUCCUGCGUCGAAUCCAUGGAAUAAAAAUGCUCCUCUGAACAGUUUUCAUAAUGAUUUGGGUUUCGAGCUUGAAUUAAUUAACGGGCCUGAUAUUGGAUGCUCAUCAAAUGAUUUGUGUUCAACCUCUGUUCAGAAAACGCAGAAAGUUGAUCUUGCUAAUGUGCCGCUAUGUCCAUAUUUUGAAGUGGGCUUAUGUCAAGAUGGCGAUUUUUGCCGUUUUGUGCAUGGUAUUCAAUGUGAUAUGUGUCUAUUGAAUAUUCUCCAUCCUCAUAAUGAAGAUCAACGUAAAAUUCAUCGUCACAAUUGUCUUGAGCAACACGAACGUGAUAUGGAAGCAGCUUUUGCUGAUGCUCGUUCUGCUGACAAGCAAUGCGGUAUUUGUAUGGAAUUAAUUGCAGAAAAAGAUUUGCGUUUUGCUAUUCUUCAAAAUUGCAACCAUUGCUUUUGUUUGGAGUGUAUUCGAAAAUGGAGAAAACAGCAUAAUAAUAUGGAACAAGAAGUUGAAGCAAAAACUGUCCGCGCUUGUCCAGAAUGUCGAGUGCAUAGCGAUUAUGUUAUUCCGUCUAAAACUUGGAUUGAAGAUAAAGACGAAAAGGAGAAAUUGAUCAAAAUCUUUCAUGACAAUACUAAAAAGAUCCAAUGCAAGUACAUCAAAGGAAGCGAUGUUGAUAGCUGUCCAUUUGGCAAUAAGUGCUUUUAUAAACAUCAAAUGCCAGAUGGAACAAUUGUUGAAGGAAAAUCGCCGCGUACUUUGCGAAGAGAGCAGCGUGUCUUUGCUCAUCAUUUUGAACUUCUCGAAUUUAUGAUAGUUUCUUUGUCUGAUGAUUCGGAUGAUGGCGGCCUUGAUUUCAGCUGGUAUUAAAGAACUAUUUUGGUGGGUUUGGUAUAAAAAUAUUUUUUUAUUAACUUUUCUUGAAUGCGCAUUUUUUGUCUUUCU